GGGCAGUUGGGCUGAGUUUUUCGGCUGGCUAGUUUAUUUUGGCCAAUAAAAUUUUUUGUAAUCUCUAUAAACAAAUCACGUGGUAAAGUUAUUUGUGAUCUAAUUAUACUUAUUAUAUAUUGACUUUGAUUCGCAAUUUUUUGUAAUUUAUUUAUCAACAUGUCGGAAACUUGUAAAAGUACAAAUGAGGAAUUAUUUCAAUCAAAUAAAACUAAACAACACGAAUCGAUUAUGCAAAAUGAAAGGGAUUUCCUUCCUAAAUUUUUAGCAGUGCAACAUGAAAACUUUCAUUCAGAAACUUUUGAAAAUAGUGUUCUUGACGAAAAUAAUAAUAAUGUUUCGAAAGAGAAUAGUGUAAAAUCAUUACAAUCUAAUAACGUAUCAAUAGAUUAUGUUUUAACUCAUUUUAAAGCAAUGGAAAAAAUGGAAGCCAAUGAAACGUUGAAUGAUAAUUUUACUCAACUUAAUUUCAAUAUUAUAAGUGCUGAGCCUUUCAAAAGUAAUCAUACACAAUCGAAAAAUGAACGUUCAGACAUUUCUCGUUGUUAUGAUAAUAAUUCUUUGAGAUCAGCGCCCACUUCAUUUAUCAUGAAUGUUGUGGAUGAUCGUUCUUCGCGCUCAUCGGUUGAUUCACGCGUCUCCACUCCUUCAUGGACUGUCGGAUCAAAUUUAAACUUUCCGAUAGACUCUGAUAAUCGAACAUUCAAACAGGCAAAAAUUAUUAAAUCGUGUGGAAAAAAUAACGGGAAUAAUCAUAAAGUGACAUUUAUAGGUGAUUUAAAUCAUGAAAGAGCUCCAGAAGAGCAAAUGCAAACAGUUCAGUUUGACGAAAAAGAACUCGAUUUUAAGAAUAAAAAUGGCGAAAAGGUUAUUAUGGCGGUAAAUCAUAGAAAUCGUAAAUUGGGGUGUGCUUAUUAUAAUUUGGAAACUUCCAAAUUAUAUCUUAUGGAAGAUAUCGAUGAAACAUUUCCAUACGAUUUAUUAAAUUUAUUACGUUAUCAAAUUCUACCCACAGUUAUUAUAGCAAAUUCUAAUGCAGAUGAUGAUUUUAUCGAAAUUCUAAAAAUGCAAGAUGAUUCUAUUUCCGUUGAACCUGAGCUUAUCAUUCGACCAAGUACUGAAUUCUUAUAUACUUCAGCGAAGAUGAGACUGCUCUCGGUUCGUUUUGGAGAAUAUAACCACGUGACUUCAAACCUUGAAUCAAGCAAGAGGGAAACAUAUUUACAAUUAUCAUGUGUUGUGAAUAUGGAAAGCGUUGAAACUAUAUGUUGUGCUGGCGCGUUAAUAAGUUAUAUUUCAAGAGCCAAAAUAACAGAAGGAAUUCCUGAAGAUCAACCUUUAGAUAUUUCAGAAAUUGAGCAAUUCUCUUUAAAGAGAUUCUUACAUAUAAAUUCAGACGCGUUAUGUUCGCUUCAAAUCUUUGAAGAUGAAUCGCAUCCGAACAUGCAUAUGCGAGCCAGAAGCAAAGAAGGAUUAUCUCUUUUUGGUAUCCUCAAUAAUACGCGAACUACAUCUGGAAAACAACUACUUAAGCAAUGGUUUCUUCGACCUACUCUCGAUUUAGAUAUUAUUGACGAGAGACAUCGUACUAUCGAAUGUUUUCUACAAACAGAUAAUUUGGAAAAUUCCGAACAGUUGGUUUCUUGCCUUAAAAACAUAAAGAACAUCCCAAAAAUUAUAGAUAAUAUGAAAGGAAAUUUGAAUAUUAAAGAUUGGCAAUCUUUGUUACAGUUUGCCUUUUAUUGCCUGAAAAUACGCAAUAUCGUACGUGAAUUAAAUCAUAGUGAAAAUAUACAAAUUUUUACUAAGAUUAAAGAAACAUUCAUAGUGGCCGAUUUGAAAGAUAUUGGAUCUUAUAUAAAUGUGGUAAAUUCGAUGAUCGUUUGUUUAAAAUACUGUACUUUAACAGAAAUAAAUAAAUAUACAUUCGUAAAAAAGAUUGAUUUUGACGAGAGUGUCAAAGAAAAUAGAAUCGUAGUCAAGUCUCAUAUUGAUGAGGAACUUGAUCAUAUGAAAAGAACUUAUGAUGGAUUAGACGAUUUUUUGUCCGAAGUUGCGCGCGAAAUUAGCACAACUAUACCUUCUGAAUUUGCUUUAACGCUGAAUGUAAUAUAUUUCCCCCAAUUGGGAUAUCUCAUUACGGUCCCAUUGAAACCAGAAUGGAAAAAAGAAGAUGAUUUUAAAAUUGAUGGGCUAUAUUAUCAAUUCAGCACUGCAACUACAGUUUAUUACAAAAAUGACAGAAUGAAAGAACUCGACGAGUAUUUAGGAGAUAUACACGGACUUAUUGUUGAUCGAGAAAUUGAAAUAAUGCAAAAACUUCAAGAUCAUAUAUUAGAGUAUGCCUCGCUAUUAUUAAAUGCUACAGCAGCUUGUGCGGAACUUGACUGUUUACUUUCUUUAGCGGAAUCUGCAAGAAAAUUCAAAUAUUGUCGGCCCCACUUAGUAAACGAAAACAUUCUAGAAAUUGUGAAAGGGAGGCAUCCUUUACAAGAACUUUGUGUCGAUAUUUUUGUUGCCAAUGACAUAAAAAUUGCUGGUGGAAAUGGCAUUAUAACUAAUGAAAAUGUAGAUAAUGAUAGCGCGACAAGUUCAGCAUAUAAAAGUAUAAUGCUGCUUAGCGGCGCCAAUUAUUCUGGUAAAAGCGUAUAUUUGAAACAAGUUGCACUAAUUACUUACAUGGCACAUAUCGGAAGCUUCGUACCAGCUGAUUCAGCUACUAUUGGCCUAACUGAUAAAAUUUUUACUCGUGUGCAAACAAGAGAAACUGUAUCCAAGAUUCAAAGUGCGUUUAUGAUAGACUUGCAACAAAUAUCAAUCGCGCUUCGUAACUCUACGUCGAGAUCGUUAUUAAUAUUCGAUGAAUUUGGAAAAGGAACCGGCUCGACAGAUGGAGCAGGUUUGUUUUGUGGAGUAAUAGAACAUCUGUUAAAACGUGGAAGAGAUUGUCCGAAAGUUAUUGCCGCAACGCAUUUUCAUGAAAUUUUCGAAAACAAUCUUCUCCCUCAAGCAUUGCCUAUUUCAUUGGCCACAAUGGAAAUCAUGAGGGAUGACGAGAAAGAAGAAUUGGCCUUUCUAUAUCGUCUUGUGCCAGGCCGCAGCACUACUUCUUGGGGAACAUUUUGUGCAGCCUUUGCAGGAAUGCCCUCUCAUAUAGUUAAAAGAGCAUCACAUUUAUCACAACUUUUUGCUCGAUACGAAUCUAUCCCACCAUCUUUCGGUGAUGACCAUGAACGUCGAACAUAUGCUACUUGUGAACAAGUAGCAAGAAGAUUCGUUCAUUUAGAUUUCAAUGGCCAAGAUUCAGGAUUAGAAAAUUUCUUAGAAUGGGUAAGCCGAGAAUGUGAAUAACAUACUUUAGUACUAAUUAAAGAUAAAAUAAAAUAUAAAAUAACCUCCAAAAAUGCUUAAAUAAAUUUUAUUUAAAUAAUAUAUAUAUAUCGCUUAAUUUUUGCAAAUCACGUGAUUUAGGUCGAUUUUAAAAAAUUGUUUUAUCGAAGCAAAUUUUUGAAAUUUUUGCUUAGUA